AUCACACAUUUCCAGAGAACGCUGAUGACAAUGAUUUUCCUCAUUCCACUUGCAUCAUUGGUGAGAAAAGCCUAUACGCGUGGUACAACCUCCCUUGAUUGUUCAUUAUUUUAUCAAUAGCCAAGUUCAUGCAUUAUUUCUAUAGAGCCAAGUUUUUCAACUUCUGCGGCCUACCUUGUGCUCGACUUGAUGCUGACAGAUCCGUGUAUGAGGAGGAUACUGGCUUUCAUCCACUGAUCAGCCCUCUUUCUCUGGUCCUGGAAGUCAUGCUUUUUUGGGCACCGCAAGCGCACUUGAAAGAUAUUCGAAGGGUAUGGGUGGAUGAGUGCAUCAACACGCCGCGAUGGAAGGACUUCAACAGGAAUCUCGUGACGGAGUGGACUGGGAUCACCAUCUACUCAACCGUCAUGUUAGCCGUAGAUGUCAGCUUCCUCGCAGUGCCAAACGUGAACAUCGGUCCGUCACACUCGGUCGGGAUCAUUGCUACCUAUCUCUCGAUUAUCUUCAUCACCGGUUCCUUGAUCGCCUCAGUCCUGCUGGCACGUCAGAACCAGAGAUACGGUUUUGAAUCAGCCGACAAAGCGGCCGAAUUUCUAUUAAAUUUGACAGGCACAUUUUUUGGAGUGAGAGCCCUCGCUACCGUUCACAGUCUACCAUAUGCAAUGCUUAUGUGGGGGAUGAUCUACUUCGCAAUCGGCCUUCUGUACAACGUGUUCAAGUCUACGACGACGGCCAUGCUGGCAUCAAUUGUCGGCGGGUGCGUGGUUGUUAUCAUGUUCAUAUCGUGGUUCAUCUGGGCAGCGAGAGAGGUUCGUAUUUUCCAACGACUGGCUGAGUUUGUUCUUUCGUUCACUAGCGAGAGAUAGUGUCCAACCUUGGCACUUUGGAAAUUUUUAUCAUGUUGACCAUGCAGUGGCAUUGUUAUCAGCCGAGUCUUCAGUAAAAGCAC